AUGUCUUCCGAGCCCAAAAUUGCGACAUUCCCUGUUACAGAAAAUCUUAUCAUUACCCCACAGCUUCGAGGAGCUUAUGAUCGAGCCAGUAGGCCAGAACUUCGAGAGACAGCAACAAGGCCCUUAUUUGAAGAGCUUUUCAAUGAGUACUUCAGAUGCCCUUCUCUCUCGGUCUUCGGUGAACAACAACUGGACGACAACCCCCAAGCUGUUGACAUAACAGUUGGAUAUUACGAUAACCUACCUCAACCGAAUCUGGUAUUUGUACUUUUGGCUGAGACUAAGCGCCAUAAGGUGGAAUCCCGGGGAGAGCUGGAGUCGCAGCUACAGGAAUACGGCGACAGAUACCUCAAUCAGGAAUUUGGAGGUCUAGACGUGAACCCAACCAUGUAUGGGGCAACGGCGUAUGGGACCAAGAUCCGAUUUUUCGAGUUCUCCAGGGCAAAUGGUGUCUUCAAAGACAGGACCUUUUCGGGUAACUUACAUGUCAAUAAAGAAGAGGCUUACUGGGACCUGAAAACAGAUGGCUUGAAGAUCAUUCCUGUUAUGAAAGAGAUCUGGGAAUUCCGGAAACGACUUGGCCAGACCACUACUGCUGCAUGA